GUGUCUGCGAGGUGUCCGCGCGCAGAUCGAUGCGGUGUCUGCGGGUAUUGAUCGCUCACAAACAAUGGUUUCUGUCGGCAAGGUCCUCUUCGGGGUCUUCGCCUUGGCGGUGGUCGUGGUUCUGAUCGUGGUGCCCACGGUCGUCCUCCUGAGAGAGAAGGAGGAAACAAACAUCAGAACGUUCACCCUGCAGGACGUCUUCAACAACUCACUGAAACCAAAGUCCUACAGCUUACGAUGGAUAUCAGAUUACGAGUAUCUGCACUCAUCGAAUGGCAUCAUCUUCCUCUAUGACAUCAUCAAUAACGUGUCCUCAGAAUUCUUGAGCCCCGAAAUGUUUGCUGAAAAAGAUGCUUAUGACUACCAGCUGUCUGCUGACCGCAGAUAUGUUGCGUUCAUGAGUAACUACACUAAGUUGUGGAGACACUCGUUCACAGUGUCCUACUCACUGUAUGACCGGAGUUUAAAAAAGUUUGUCCCUGCUGCCAUUCCUGAUGAAGUCCAGUACUUCGCCUGGGCCCCUGAAGGGGAUAAACUGGCCUACGUUUGGGGGAAUAAUGUGUACWUAAAAACCAACCCAGAGACACCACCUCAGCAAGUCACCUUCAGCGGAGAGACUAAUAAGGUUUUAAAUGGGAUCCCAGAUUGGGUUUAUGAAGAGGAGAUGUUUUCAUCCGGUCAAGGCUUUUGGUGGUCACCUGGGGGGAGGUAUUUGGCCUACGCCCAGUUCAAUGACACUGAGGUGCACACUAUCGAGUACACCUGGUACGGCGAGGGCCAGUACCCCAGCACUGUCUCCGUUCCCUAUCCUAAGGCAGGAACACCCAACCCUGUAGUGAAACUGUUUGUCGUGGACACAGAAAACACAACAAAUAUUAAUGAAGUUGUUGUUCCGGCCCAUCUCAGCUCAGUGGACCACUACUUGGCCACUGUGACCUGGGUGACUGAUGAGCGUGUGGCUGUUCAGUGGCUAAAUAGAACACAGAACUACCUCAUCCUUCAGAUCUAUAACUUUAGUGGCUCUAGUUGGGUUCCUGUUGAGAAUCUGGAUGUGAGCAGUGACAGUGGCUGGAUUGGACGGUUUUCCCCACCAGAACCUGUUUUUGCUGCUGACAAGAAUAGCUACUACCUGGUCAUGAGUGGCAGCAGCAAGUACAAGCACCUCCAUCACGUGGUUCAGGGAAAAGCUUCAUCCAUCACCCAUGGAAACUUUGAAGUCAUUGAUAUCCUGAAAGUCACUGCAGACAGUGUGUAUUUUUCAUCCAAUGAAAAGGACCAAAAACCAGGAGGAAGGAAUGUUUACAAGUUGACCAACAUGAGAARGACUUGUCUUACCUGCCAUUUAAAUUCAGACUGUGAAUAUAACUCAGCCUACUUCAGCCACAACGCCUCCUACUACCAUAUGAGCUGCAAUGGUCCUGACAUUCCAAAGUAUUUUCUAAUGGAUACCAGGAGAAAUACACUGGUCCAACCUUUAGAGGAAAAUAAAAUAUUUAGGGACCAAAUAUCCCUAAUUUCAAUGCCUACAGUGCGUCGAGGGACCAUCAGAAUUGAAGGAUACAAUGGUGAUCUUUGGUAUCAGAUGCUUUUACCUCCAGGCUUUGAUGAGUCUAUGAAGUACCCAUUACUGAUAGAUGUGUACGCCGGUCCCUGCAGUCAGAAAGUGGACCUCAGGUACAGGGUGAACUGGUCCACCUACCUGGCAAGCACUGAGAAAGUCAUCGUGGCGAGCUUCGACGGAAGUGGAAGUGGUUACCAAGGCGAUGUGUUAAUGCACAAAAUCUACAGACGUCUGGGGACCGACGAGGUGGAAGAUCAGAUAAAGGCAACAAGGGAAUUCAUCAAAAUGGGCUUCAUUGAUAAAAACAGGGUUGCUAUUUGGGGAUGGUCCUACGGUGGAUACGUGACUUCCAUGGUCCUGGGUUCUGGCAGUGGGGUCUUCAAAUGUGGAAUGGCUGUGGCUCCUGUUUCCAAAUGGGAUUAUUAUGACUCCAUCUACACAGAGCGCUAUAUGUUGCAGCCGUCAGAAAACGUUGUGGGCUAUGCUACCUCAACAGUAACUGCCAGAGCUGAGAAAUUCCACUCAGUGGAUUAUCUUCUGGUUCAUGGGACAGCUGAUGACAACGUUCAUUUCCAGCAGGCUGCAGAGAUCUCUGAAGCUUUGGUGCUCGAGGAGGUGGACUUUGAGGCCAUG